UCCUGAGGGAGGGGCUGGAGAGGCGGUCCAGGGGGGGUUGAAGUAGCAGCUAGGGAGCCAUCAAAGUUGGGUAGAGAGGGAGGAGUGGGAGGAGUUAUGGUCUUACAGUAGGGACUCCAGGAUUUGUUUUGCAGGGUAUAUUUUACUGGCCUGGAUUAAUGAUUAUUUAAGAUAGACAUGAUAUUUGAAUACACCUCAUCACUGUAGAUUUGUACUUGUUUAGGAUCACCUAUAAAGCUAGGAUGAGAAACGACAAAGAGUGAAAAAAUCAGUGUUUUUGAAAAUGGAGACAGACUGCUUAAUGCGAGAUGAGGAGGAGGCUUCGGGGUUUACUUUUCAUGUACUUCUCUGUGCAUCCCUGAGAUUUUAAAGAACACAUUUAUCAAUCAAUAAAACACAAACGCCAGCUGUGUGAUGUGCAUUUAUAGCAUUACAGUGUAUGGGGGGGUGUUAUGUAAAGUAAAUUCAAAUACAUACAGUGACAUUUAAUAAUACAAGCCCUGUUAAAAUACAGUGCGUUUUCAAAGCAGGGCAUGUGCCUUUGACUGCUGUGCUUGAGGAGCGUUACAAAUAAACUCAGUGAUUAACAUGCAGGUUCUGCACCUUUACAGUGUUCCGCCUCCAAAAGGCUCGGUCUAGCCGUCAGGAUGUAUUACCAGCACUCCAAAUCUCUGAGAAGGGGCACAGAUUAAAAGUAAGGCAUUGUAACUAUUCUCUCACAGUGUGUAACGUGUCUAAACCCGGUUUACUGAAAGCCCAUUUAAAAAGUGAAGCCGCUGCACAUGCCAUUGAGAUAUUACCAUGCAUCUGCGUAGACAGGGAUAGCAGGUGGGGCUGGCAGAGGAGAGCGGUCCUGCUGGCAAACGGUUUGAAUGGGAUCAGAAGCCUGUUCAGUCCCAGCAAUUAGCAUUCUCCAUGCAAGUGGAACGGGCCGUGCUGUGUCUGUGUGAUGCACUGCCGUUACACAUUCUGCCCCCUGUCGGUGAGAUAAGAUGAGGCUGAAUGCUUUAGGACCGAUGUGGGUGACUUGACCUUUGCCUGAAAAAAAAUGUAAUUGCACUAAAAUGACUGAAGAUUGCAAAUGUCUUUCUAGUUGCAGUUAUGUUACUGGAUGUGCAUUUUGUAAACACGAUUGAAUUGCAAUAAAUUACAUUUGAUCAGGCUUUCCAUUGUGUAUUUACAUAGUUAUAUGCCGGUACAGGAAUUAACUCUCCAGCAGGGGGAGACAUGUACAUGGGACUGGGAUCCCCCAGUCCGGCAUUUCAAUAAAAUACGUGACGACACUGUGAAUUAAACAGUUCCCUCUAAGGAGCGCCCCACAGUCACGCUGAAUAUGUACUAGGAUCUUGUUAUGCAGAAAUGGUUUCAACCCCUUUCCCCGGACCAAGCCACGCUAUAUCUGAUAACAGCCUUGUUGAAAUAAAUGUGUCACUAAAAUAGUUCACUGUUCCCCCUCAGUUGGUUCCUGCGGGCUCUGAAUUACAAAGGGUGCUUUCAGAGUCAGGUGAAAACAAACACUGUGCUUGGAUAACACGGGUGAUAAACUGGGCAGCGCGGAGCGCAUUUACAGCUUGAUUUGAUUGCCGACUACUGACACCUGUUUGUUUUAAAUUAUUAUUAUGUAAACAACUUACAAAGUUAGUAACAAAACGGUGUCAUGUCAGCUAUAUGACUUUACAUGUAUUUAAAUGUAGUAUUUUGUUUCACAAUGUCAUUUCAAAAAAUAUGUGUGAAUAAAGUGGACCACGGGGUUCAAUUUCCCCUGUGAACCGGCCGCCUCAUUUCACACACCCUGUAUCACACACGGCCUGUUUAAUAUUCAUGAUGGGAUGAAUCCGCCUCUUUGGAAAAACGCCCGGAAUGCAGCUGAGGAAUGCGGUCACUCUGCAUUCCACUGCAGCUCCCAGUUUCAUUUGUGUCUGUCGGACAUGCCAUACACGUAUUGUGGAAGUGUGGAUAUUUUAUUGUACACGCAUGGAGUUUGGGACACGAGCAAGAAAACGUAGUGUUACCAAUUAGCUUACUAAAACAUUAUUAUUUGUAACUUACCUCAAGUUAUAUCCGCGCAGUUUCUGAAGCGCGCAAGCAGGUGUUUUACGCUGGUUUCUACCGCAGCGAAACAAGUCGAAUUUAACUUGUGUUUUAAGAAGCGGACAUUUUAGUUUGUUUUUCUAUAUAAUGCUUUAAGUUUUUUUUUUUUUUUUUUUUUUUUUUUACAAUUUAUUGUGUUAGACGUUUCAAUCUUUUUGUUUCGAGGUCGGUGAUUAUUAUUGAACAUUAUAUUUGAUUGAAAUGUAAAUGUAAUGCAAAUUGAGAAGUUGCAAUUUAACAUCUUGUUUGGGUCUUGGCUCGGUUUGACUCGACACAAUUCUUUAUUUAUUGAUUUAUUUAUACCAGACUUGGUCCUGCGAUUGAGUAAUAAUAAUAAUAAUAAUAAAUACAUUAAAUAAACAGAACUCACAUAGCAAUUCAUCGUUAGUCACAGCGGGUGGGAAACUUUUUUUGUUGGAGUACAGAGAAUCCCUGUUUCAUUAAACAGCCACGAACACCUCUAACAAGACUCGCUACUGUACUCUGCUGUGCACCCCGGGGUGCCAUGUCAUUCGGACUUGCCCCCCGUGUUGGUAGCGGUUUCCCCCCGGGGGCGCAGGACCCCGUCCCGUUCGAGAUUGGCACUUCACCCGGACAGGGCGCCACCGUGCCCGAAGGCAGUGAAGAGGAGGCUCCGGACCGGUUGUUUGCCGUUCCCGGAGAGGAUGACUUUUUGUAUCCCAUGUCUGACGACUUGGUCUGGAUUACCAGGGAACUGAGGACCGUUCAGCAGAGACUGCAGCAAUUCCGACAGAUCUUCACAGACGGUGAUGACGGGGAGCGCUGUCCGUCUCAGGCCCAGGUGGAGCUCUCUCUGCAGGGGUUGUUAAGCUCUCUUGAGCCCCUCCUCCAGAGGUACCCGGCUGUCCACUCCCAGUCCGUCCGCAGAGCCAUCGCUGCUGUCCGCCACUCCGCCAACGAGCUGAACUGUGGAGCUGGCGGCAAGGAGAAGUCCAAGAGAUACAGUGAGAUCUUCAGAGAUUUCGACGCCCUGGAGAUCUGCAUUGGGAACUCGGUGGUGGACAUUCUUCUGGGGGACGCUGACACCCAGUCAAUAUCCACGACGGCCUCCUUGGAGACGCAGGACACAGACGAGCUGCCAUCCGAUGAAGGUUUCUGUGUGGAGUACAGGACAGACUGUGAAGACAAGGAACUCUCUGUCAUUACAGCUCAGAAUGCCGACGCUGCUUUGCUGCGCAGUGAGGGGGGCGUGGAGACCGCGCUGCUCUACGCCAAGCUGUGGUGCAAAUACGCGAAGGAGCUGCUCACCUGGAUGGAGAGGAGACUCAGUCUGGAAUUGGAUUUUGCCAAAAAUAUCAUUAAAACUGCUGAGACUGCCAAGUCAUCAGUCGCUCCACAGGAGUUCAUGCCUCUGCAGUACAUCUAUACGAUGGCUCUAGAACACGAUGUCAAGAGCGGGAAUUCGGCCAAGGAGACUGGAGACCUCAUGCAGCAUCGCUGCAUCCAGGCCCUACAUGCCAAGAGGAACGAGAUUGAGAAAUGGCGCAAGGAGUUCAAGGAGCAGUGGAGCCGCGAGCAGAGGAGAAUGAGCGAGACGGUGUCCUGUUUGAAGAAGGCUCGUCAGCAGUAUGUGCAGCGCUGUGAGGAGCUGGAAAAGGCUCGUGUGAGCAGCGCCCGGGCAGAGGAGGAGACGGGGGCAGCGGGCAGCGGCAGCAAGACUCUGGAUAAGAGACGGCGCACACAAGACGAGGCUCACUGCAAGGUUCAGGAGGCGACGGCUCACUACAAAGCAUGUGUGACCGAGGCCAACACCCGACAGCAAGAGCUGAGCAAAGUGAAGGAGAGGAUCGUCAGCCACGUCCGCAAGCUCAUCCUCCAGGGGGACCAUGUGCUGAAGGAGGUGACCGUGAACAUGUUCCACUAUCAGAGACUGCAGAUGGAGCCGGCUCCCCAGGGCUUCCUGAACCUGGAGCUGACCUGCAGACCCUGUGAGCCGGGGGAGACCUACCUGUCCUUCAUCCAGAAGAGGAGACUCCGGGACCUGCCUGUAGAGAGAUUCACCUUCCAAGAGGCCCUCCCACAGGGAAAGAGGUCGUCCUCCAGUGGCCAUCAGAAGGUCUGCAGCAACCAGCCCAGCCCUGUGAUGGACAUGUCCCCCCUGCCUGAUGAGACUUGUGGAAGGAGCUCAGUGGGGACCAGGCCAGGCAGCGGUGAUGCCGAGAGCUUAGGGGGCAGCUUCGAGUCUCCACUCUCCAGCCCAGCUCACCUGGGCAGGAAGCUGUGGAAGACGCCCUCUACUGGCACCAUGUCCUCGGAGGACCUGGAGGAGAAGGAGGCGGGGUCACAGUAUGAUGGAGAAUCAGGGGAUAAUUACGGUACUCUUGGAAGCCGCUUGAAGAAGGUGUCUCUGUCCAGAGCAGCACAGACGCACCGCCUGCGCAAGUCCAAGGGAAAAAUGUCCAAGUGCCGGCAGUGUGACAACUACAUCUACAUGAGCGGGAUUGAGUGUGAGGAGUGUAAUCUGGCGUUCCACCGGAAGUGUCUGGAGCUGUGCGUGCAGGAGUGCGAGGACCGGAAGCUGGGGGCGCAGGGGGGGGUGUUCGGGGUGGAAUUCGCUCUCGUCCCCCGCGGAUUCCCAGAGGAGGUCCCCUUCAUCGUGCGUCGCUGCACUGCUGAGAUUGAGAGCCGAGCCCUGGGGGUGCAGGGAGUGUAUCGGGUUAGUGGUGCUAAGCCCAGGAUACAGAAGCUGUGCCAAUCCUUCGAGAGCCAGCGGGAGCAGGUGGAGCUAUCGGAACACUCGCCUCAUGACAUCACCGGCGUCCUCAAGCACUUCCUCAAAGAGCUGCCGGAGCCGGUAGUGGUGUUUGACCUCUAUGACGAGUUUAUGGCCCUGGGGAAGGACAUCCAACGUGUGAGUGAUGGGCAUGACUCCCCAGAGGCUGCUGGGAUACUGGACCUGAGCGCACGAGACCUGCUGGGCAAACUGCCGGCAUCCAACUACAACACACUGAGACACAUCAUUGCACAUCUCUACAGGGUCUCUGAGCAGUUCGAGGAGAACAAAAUGUCCCCCAGUAAUCUGGGCAUCAUCUUCGGGCCCACCCUGCUUCGCCCCCUGGUGGCGGGAGAGGUGUCCAUGAUGGCUCUGCUGGACUCUGGAUACCAGGCCCUGCUGGUGGAGUUCCUGAUCUCUCACUACGAGAGCGUGUUCGGGCUGGACGAGCUGCCCCGCUCCUCCCCGGUGCUGGCAGGGGGAGAGGGGGCGAGGGACAGGCAGGCACAGCGCCCGCGCUCCUUAGAGAGCCUCCCGAUGAAGCGAGACUCGAGCGAGGGCUAUAUAUCCGACAAGUCGUCUUCCAAUGAGGCGGUCGAUCAGCUCAGCCCAGACACCAAUGAGAGAGCAGUUGUCGACUCAGCUAUGACCCCAGCACUGGCUUCCACAGAGGGGGCAGACGUAGAUUCAGUGUCAGCGGGAAGCACUCAGUCCAGGGGGCACUUCAGCCGUCAGCCCAUCAAGUACCAGCGGCAGCCGGUGCCAUCUAGAAUCCUCCCGGUGAUCCUGAAGGGCAGCCUGCCUCGGAUCCCCUCGGAGCUGCAGAGCGAGGACAAGUCCUCCCUCGAGCGCAGGGCCAGGCCAGGCAGCAGGAGCUCCACCCCAGAGCGCCCCAGGCUGGAGAUCACACAGGAAACUGCCAGGCUUCUCUGCAAGGCCCAUGGGGAAGGGUCCGGGAUCAGACUUCUCCAGGACACAAGCUCUGAGGCCAGCAAGGAGGAGUGGAAGCCAGCAGGACACGACCAGGCUGAACGGCCCUGUGAGGAAUCGCAGGUGGAAGGCCUUGCUAUGUGUAAUAACAACCAAUCCAACAGUAACAGAGUGUGUGCUGGAGAUGGGAACCCUGUGGAGCAGAUCCUGUCUGGACUGAGGCUUCGACAGACUGACACAGCCGAGGGCAGGCAGCUCCAUUUCAUGUGAUCAAAGAGUGGAAACUCGAGCACGCUUGGGUGUAAAUGGGUCGUCCUGUUGAGCAAAAUAAAUACUGUUCUCUGUAGACUGGAACACUUCCUGUGAAACUUCUUCAGCCUUGAAGGAAUUAGUCACUGAUUAUUGACAAAAGGUCCCUUCAGAAUUAUUUAAAGACUCAAACUCGAUAUGAACUGUGUUAGACUGUCGCAGACUUACUUAACCACAGUCUGGGCCAGAAUACGUUCUGUACUUCACAUUUUGUUUAAGAAUCCAGACCCUUUUAGCUCUCUGGUUUGUUUUCUCUGUGAACUAAACUUCCACCCUUCCUUCUCCUGGCUGCAGCAGCCCGGGGCGAUCGCAUGAAUGCCAUUCGGAGGCUUUUGCUUCAACUCACUGCAGGUGUGUUUUGUACUGUGCUCUGAUCUUACAAGAAACACCCCCUUAGUAAAUGGAGAUUUGGGAAACGACAGCAUUAGCUGAUUCAAAAUUAGGGAUACUCAGAUAUUUAGUUCACUAGAGGCCUGAUAAAUGAUAAGUGACAAUAGCCUUCCUACACCCAGUGUUCAUUCCUGUAUGAAAUGUUACAGCACCCCGAAAAUGCAACGAACUCCUCUGAAUUCUGCUGUCUGUAUGUUAUUGUUUAUAAUAUGUGUUUUUCCAUGAAGAAUAAAAAUGACCUCUGAAUGUAAAUUGGAA